GUUGAACUGGGGCUGGCUAACAGCUAGCCUGCUAUGUUGAGUCUGAGCUGGAGACGCAGAGGAGAGUGAUGAAAACAUGCCUCACUUCACCGUGGUACCGGUGAAGGAUCAAGCUCAGUCCAGCUAUGACAGUCUAGAGGGGAUUAACUGGGUGGAUUACAGGGACACUGGACAGGACUACCCAGAUCAUCAAGAUACUGUCAGCUCUGAUGGACAUGGGAAUCAUAAAGAAGACAGUCCAUUUCUCAGCGGUGCCGAUGCUGCUAGCAAGAAGAAUGACUUCUACGACAGGAACCUGGCUUUGUUUGAGGAAGAGCUGGACAUCCGGCCAAAGGUUUCCUCUCUACUCAGCCGCUUGGUCAGCUACACCAACAUCACCCAGGGAGCCAAGGAGCAUGAGGAGGAGGAGAGCGCCCAGGGCUCACGUAGGAAGACCCCCAAGUCUCCCAACAUGGGCACUCUGAUGGGAGUCUACUUGCCGUGUCUCCAGAACAUCUUCGGUGUCAUUCUUUUCCUCCGACUGACAUGGAUUGUUGGGAUGGCCGGCAUCAUGCAGUCCCUCCUGAUUGUCCUCAUGUGCUGUUCAUGUACAAUGCUCACAGCCAUAUCAAUGAGUGCCAUUGCUACUAAUGGUGUUGUUCCAGCUGGGGGAGCGUACUUCAUGAUCUCACGCUCCCUUGGUCCUGAGUUUGGAGGAGCUGUGGGACUGUGCUUCUACCUGGGCACCACCUUUGCUUCUGCCAUGUACAUACUGGGGGCCAUCGAGAUCUUCCUGAAAUAUCUGGUUCCCCAGGCGGCCAUCUUUCACGCCACAGACCCCCCUGGGAGUGACAGUGCCAUGCUGAACAAUAUGCGAGUCUAUGGCUCUGUGUGCCUCAGCCUGAUGGCUGUGGUGGUUUUUGUAGGAGUAAAAUAUGUAAACAAGCUGGCCUCUCUUUUCCUCGCCUGCGUCAUUAUCUCAAUUGUCUCCAUCUAUGCAGGGGCAAUCAAAUCCAUGACUCAUCCGCCAGAAUUCCCGAUCUGCAUGCUGGGGAACAGGACUUUGGUGAGAGAUCGCUUUGAUGUGUGCGCUAAGACUGUGGUAACGGGAAACACGACAGUGCCCAGCCAGCUGUGGGACAGGUUCUGUCUGCCGGGGAACAUGAGCAGCCCGCAGUGUGAUGACUACUUCAUCCAGAACAAUGUGACAGAGAUACAGGGCAUCCCUGGACUGGGCAGUGGCAUCAUUAGAGAAAACAUGUGGGGCAACUACCUGCAGAAAGGGGAGAUCUUAGAGAAACCGGGGUUGCGGUCAGUGGAUGCCCAUGGUGGCGUGGAGAACUUCGGCAUGUAUGUGUCCGCAGACAUCGCUACAUCAUUCACUCUCCUGGUGGGGAUCUUCUUCCCGUCUGCCACAGGUAUCAUGGCAGGUUCCAACAGAUCUGGUGAUCUCCGUGAUGCUCAGAAGUCCAUCCCUGUGGGAACUAUCUUGGCUAUUACUACUACUUCACUUGUUUAUUUAAGUUCUGUGGUCCUGUUUGGCUCUUGCAUUGAAGGAGUAGUCCUUAGGGACAAGUUUGGGGACGCCGUUAGAAAAAACCUGGUGGUGGGAACGCUCUCCUGGCCGUCUCCGUGGGUCAUUGUCAUUGGCUCCUUCUUCUCUACAGUUGGGGCAGGCCUGCAGUCCCUCACUGGAGCUCCCCGACUUCUACAGGCUAUUGCCAAGGAUAACAUCAUUCCUUUCCUCAGGGUGUUUGGUCACGGAAAGACCAACGGAGAGCCUACAUGGGCUCUUCUACUGACUGGUCUCAUAGCCGAGCUGGGCAUCCUUAUUGCCUCACUGGAUAUGGUGGCUCCCAUCCUUUCCAUGUUCUUCUUGAUGUGCUAUCUCUUUGUGAACUUAGCCUGUGCAGUACAGACCCUUUUACGCACACCCAACUGGAGGCCGAGGUUUAAAUAUUACCACUGGGCUCUGUCCUUCCUUGGCAUGAGUAUGUGUCUGGCUUUAAUGUUCAUCUCCUCCUGGUACUACGCUAUUGUGGCCAUGGGCAUUGCUGGGAUGAUCUACAAGUACAUUGAGUACCAGGGCGCCGAGAAGGAGUGGGGAGACGGCAUCAGAGGCCUGUCCCUUAGCGCCGCACGAUACGCCCUGUUAAGACUGGAGGUUGGACCCCCUCACACCAAGAACUGGAGACCUCAGCUGUUGGUGCUGUUGAAGCUGGAUGAGGACUUCCAUGUAAAAUAUCCCCGACUGCUCACAUUUGCCUCGCAGCUGAAGGCAGGAAAGGGCCUGACCAUUGUGGGCUCUGUCAUCCAGGGCAACUUCCUGGACAGCUAUGGAGAAAUGCAGGCAGCUGAACAGGCCAUUAAGAAUAUGAUGGAGAUUGAGCGAGUCAAGGGUUUCUGCCAGGUCGUAGUGGCAUCUAAAGUGCGGGAGGGCGUUGUCCAUCUGAUCCAGUCCUGUGGUCUGGGGGGCAUGAAGCACAACACGGUGGUGAUGGGCUGGCCGUACGGCUGGAGACAGAGUGAGGACCCUCGCGCCUGGAAGACUUUUAUCAACACCGUCCGCUGCACCACGGCUGCCCACCUGGCCCUGAUGGUGCCCAAAAAUGUGUCCUUCUACCCGAGCAACCACGAACGUUUCACAGACGGCAACAUUGACGUGUGGUGGAUUGUCCAUGAUGGAGGGAUGCUAAUGCUACUGCCUUUCCUACUCAAACAGCAUAAAGUUUGGAGGAAAUGCAGGAUGCGCAUCUUCACUGUAGCCCAGAUGGAUGACAACAGCAUCCAGAUGAAGAAAGAUCUGGCCACAUUCCUUUACCAGCUGAGAAUAGAGGCUGAGGUGGAGGUGGUGGAGAUGCAUGACAGUGACAUCUCAGCAUACACCUACGAGCGAACGUUAAUGAUGGAGCAGAGGUCCCAGAUGUUGAGACAAAUGAGGCUGUCCAGUGCAGAAAGACAAAGAGAGGCCCAGCUGGUUAAGGACAGACACUCUCUGGUGCGUAUGGGAAGUCUGUACUCAGAUGAGGAAGAGGAGGUGGUGGAGGCUCCUCCAGAAAAGGUUCAGAUGACGUGGACGAGAGAAAAGUGUGAGGCUGAGAGGAGGAACAGGAGCAACGCACCUGAGAACUUUAGAGAGCUCAUGAGCCUCAAACCGGAUCAGUCUAAUGUGCGGCGAAUGCAUACGGCUGUGAAGCUGAACGAGGUAAUAGUCAACAGGUCCCAUGAUGCCCGAUUAGUGCUGCUCAACAUGCCAGGGCCACCUCGAAACACAGAUGGAGAUGAGAACUAUAUGGAGUUCCUGGAGGUAUUGACUGAAGGUCUGGAGAGAGUGCUGCUGGUUCGAGGUGGAGGUCGAGAGGUUAUCACCAUCUACUCAUGACCAGCUGUUAGCUGCUACACAGGAGCAUCGGCCUCAGCAGAAUACAUUCCACCUUAGGACGCGAGGCAGCUGCUGCUCUGCUGUUCUGGGUAGAUGCAUGAAUUUGACACUUUCAUUGUAAAGUCUGGACUUUUAAGUACAAAAGAGGUUGAUUCUAUCGUUGUAGAAUAUUGGGACAUAUUUCUGUACAUAUCCACCAGUGUGUAGCCAUUCUUUACAAAUGAAAACUUUUGUCCCUCACAAGUCAAUGCCUGUGUGUCAAGCUGCCAAACACAAACUUAAGAUGAGCAUUUCCUUAUUUAUAGGAGACAGAUACCUCUUCACAUGUGCUAGUGAACUUAUAUUUGACGAUUUGGCAGACAGGGCUAUCAUGAGUAGUGCACACGUGAAAUGUUACAGUAUGCCAGACUUUUAUUCUCUUUACAGCUCUGUACUUUGGAAGCACAUUUCUAUUUAUUUAUUUAUUUUUUCAACAUUUCCCCACUGAGGUUAAGAAAAUGUUACUGUAGAUAAUGAAUACAGUGCCGUUGGUUUUGCUGUACACAUUAGGUGGCACAGACUCAAGUGUGUAAAUGUGGAUUCCAGAGAUCAUAAAGCAAUUUUUUAAAAGAAUUAUUAUUUAUGAUUUUUUUUGACAGAUGUUGUGUUGUUGAUGAGAGAAAAAAAAAUGUAUAUGACUGACUUCCGGACUGUUACGAUUGUUUUUUUGUUUUUUUUGUUUUUUUUUUUUGCUGCAGACCUGAAAAGCUUAUCUGCACACAGAAAGGGGCCUUGAUUUAAAAUAAGAGUCCUUAGGAUUUUUAGGAAAUUCAACCCCAUGCUGUUGUUUUUUUUUCCUGCAAUAGCUAUUCAUUGUAUUUACAAGCAUAAAAUAAUCUUUCUAUAUCCUAGUUUUCACUGUUAGCGGCGGAGUCUACCAUUCCUGCCCUGGAUUCAAAACGCAUACCUACAGCGUGACAUUGUUUGGUUGUACUGUAAACAGAUACACCAGUUUUUAUUUCUGACAAAGUAGCUGCUCAAGGACUGUUUGCUGUAGUAUUAAACUGCACUUGCUGUUACCACGGUAACCUGACUGAAAUCUUAAGAAUUACAACUACGACUUUCAGACCGUAUGAUCAGUAUUUCAGGCUAUUAUACAGUGUAGAGAACAACUGCUUAUUUGUAUGUAGACUACAUGUUGUGUACAAGCCAACAGUAUUUUAUGAAAGAUAAACCAUGAUAUGGUGUUCAGUUAUUAAAAACUAAUCACACAAUGCAGUCCCUUGACUUUAAUUUAUAUAAAACAGUUUUCCCCUUUCUUUUUCAGAAAAGCCUAGUUUGGAGUCGUUUAUCUCACUUAUCAGCAAUCCAAAUAUACAUUUUUGCUUGGUGCAUUUAGCAGUUAGCGCAAUAUCAUAUAAACAAAAAAAUCCCCCAUCUAUUUAUAAACUGCACCCCCCGACCUCUUCUGUUGAAGUGCUUCAUAAAAUAUCUUAAAAUAAAUGGAAAAAAAUAUGAUAAUGCAACACUGUUGUCACUGUAAGUGAAGUUUAGCUUAGCUAACUUCAGCCUCGUGAUCUCACCUCCUGCUCCCUGGUUAACAACACAUUAAAAGAUCCUUCACAAACAAAACCUGAAAACACAGAUUUGAAGCAACUUAAGGUGCCAUCUGUGCACUUUUAUUCAUCACUGUCAUUAUUCUCCUUCGUGUCAUGAUUGUUCAAAGAGAUGGUGUCAGCACAGGUACAAUAAAUUCAGCAACAAGUUAAAUAUCUGAUAAAUAUAUUCCAAACUGAAUGUCAAAGUGCCUUUCAGGGGAUUGGUCUGUAUAUUUUCUAUGUACACUAUAUCAUACUGCAUUCACAGAGGUUGCCAUUUAAAUAACCUCCCAAAUGCAGCUACACAUUAAAUCCUUUUUUGUUUUGGUGGUAAGAAAGUGAUUAAUCUCAGCAAUCUCAUCAAGCUCUUCUUUUUCACAUUAAAAAUGAUCCACUUUAAAAAAAGAAGGUGCAGCUGAACUGACUUUCUAAAUAUUCAUUCAAU